AUGGUCUUCGCCGCUCUGUCUGUCUUCGCCGUCAUGGCCACGGCCUACGCCUACCCCGCCGAGUACCCGUACUACGGCCAAGCUGCCAGCAGCCCAGCCUACUUGGACUCCUACCAACAGUACCCCCAGCAGUACUCCGCACCCGCCUACCCCUCUGAGUACAAGUCCUACCAGGAAGCCGCCCCUGUUGCCCAGUACGCCGCCCCUGCCUACACCGCCGCCGCCGAGUACUCCGCCCCCGCCCAGUACAACACCCGCACCUACGACGCCACCCCCGUCGCCAAGUACGAGUCUGCUGCCCCGAUCGCCCGCCACCACGCUCCCUGCCCGGCUCCGGUCCCUGAGAUCAAGCCCAUCGUAGUCAAGUCCAACCUCCCAGUGCCAUACACCUACGGAGUUCACCGUCAACCCCAGGUCUUGGAACACCACUCUGCUCCCUCUGUCUUCCACUACUACGGACAACCCUACGUAGUCAAGCACACCCAGAGCGCUGUCCUCCACGCCUACACCCAGAAGCCCGUCGUUGUCGACGAGUACGAACAUCCCCAGGUGCACGAAGAGCCCGCCAAGCCCGCCGUCUACGUCGAAGAGGUCUGCCCUCCCGUCGAACACUACCACCACUAA